AUGGCGGUCCUCAAGAUUGCCUCCUUCACUCUAUUCCUUGUCCAUACUCUGGCCUUUGGACACGGCCCGACUAUCUGCGUGUGGAGUCCAGCUGUGACUGUUCAAGCCGGGGGCAUGAUCACAACCAGCCGAUGUGAAGCCACACUUGAGUUCGCAGACGCAGAUUUCCUCCCAGUGAGGUAUCGUUUCGGGACUUCCGAUUGCCCUGGAGAGCUGCAAGAGCUCGAGCUAGUGAUCGCCCCUGAGUCGCCACCCGGCGACGCCCUUCUCACAUGGCAGUGCGCCGGGUUUGCAACAGCUUCUUGCGCACAUAUCGUUAUUGAAGGUGGAACCAGAGAGCUCACGAAUUCCGACGGCAUUGCCACCGCCUCCUGCGCCCAGGAAGCAACGUCAGGCUCCCUUGAAGUGAUUCCCAUCGAGUCGACUACUGGUCUCCUAACUACUAUUACAUCACUGAUAAUCAUUCCAAUCGCUGCCGUCCUGGGUUCAUCGACAACGUCUAGCGUGACACCACAGGCUGAUUUGGGCACAGCAACAGAGACAUCUGGGAUACAAACCGCGUCCACUUUCAGUGUGGGUGGUGCCAACGAGCAGGCCCUUCCCACAGCGUCGAGUUCGGCGGCAACCAUUACCUUCACACCCUCUGUAAAUGCUGAAGGUCAAGGGACUUCGACGGCCGCGGUGCCCAGUAAUUUCGUGCCGUCUUCUAUCGCCACCCUCUCCAUUCCCUUACAAGACAGCUCCAUUUCCAGCGGCAUUACUGAUAGUCACAGCACGAGCUCCUCCAAUCUUUUCAAUUUCGGCGAUCUACCCCCAGCUUCUCAAUUCCUUGUCCCAGACUUCGCCACGACAUCCUCCGCAUCGCAGGCAGCUAUUCUUACACCCUCACCCUCACAAACUACCUCCUCGUCUCUAGACCUGAACAUGACCCCUGCUGUAGGCCAGGAUGCAUUCCCGUCCUCCCCUUCCCAGCAAACAGUUCCCACCUCCUCGAGCUCGGCGCUUAGCAGUCUAGGCGCAAGUUCCUCCAUUCAGGGUGGGAACCCAACCGUGUCGACAAGAGCGGAACAGACUAAUCCACCUAGCCUUGGCGAGCAGGGUGAGGAAAUCUCUUCUGUUGCCGGUGAGGUUGCCUUCAGAACGCCCAGAACCCUGAGAAGGAGACUUCACUCUAGUAGUCCCAUCAACCGUGGCACAUCUUCCAAGACCUUGGUGGUGGUUGCCACGACUUUGACGGUGGUUGUGACUGCAUGGUGA